AUGACAAGUCGAGCAUGGGUCACACUGGCCACAAACGAUUCAUACAGCCUUGGAGCCUUGGUACUGGCACAUUCACUGCGUCGCGCUGGCUCUGCCUAUCCAGCCGUGGUUCUCAUCACACCUUCCGUCACGGACCCGAUGAGGGAUCGUCUUAAUGCCGUGUUCGCCAAUGUCGUAACUGUAGACGUAUUGGACUCCGGUGAUGCUGCACACCUGGCCCUACUACAGCGUCCCGACCUUGGGAUCACUUUUACGAAAAUUCAUUGUUGGAAUCUCACUCAAUACGAGAAAUGCGUGUUCCUGGACGCAGACACUUUGGUGGUCCAAAACUGUGACGAACUAUUCGAUCGGGAGGAACUCUCAGCCGCCCCCGACGUUGGCUGGCCCGACUGCUUCAAUUCGGGUGUGUUCGUCUUCAGGCCCUCAGCGGAAACUUUCAGCAGUUUGAUCACGUUUGCUCAAGAGCGCGGCAGUUUCGAUGGUGGCGACCAGGGUCUGCUGAACUCAUACUUCUCCGACUGGGCGCACGGGGACAUCAACAAACAUCUACCAUUCCUGUAUAAUGUUACAUCCGCAGCAUUUUAUUCAUAUUUGCCCGCUUUUAAACAAUUUGGGCAAAACCUUAAAAUUAUUCAUUUCAUCGGCGCGGCCAAGCCUUGGCUCCAACAUUUCAACUGGGAAUCUCGUAGUGUGGACGCACCGGAGCAUUUGCGCGAAUUACUCCAACUAUGGUGGGACUUAUUUGUCUCACAAGUCCACACUCAACUCGAUCCCUCUAUGAGUGGUGUUGCGGGUAAUUUAGCACGAGUAUCACCUGAUGCGGUUGGAACGCAACAGGAGGCUAUCGAUGAGCUAACUCGACGGCAAGGAUGGGAAGCAGGCAGCAUCGAUUAUAUGGGUGCUGAUUCAUUUGCUAAUAUCUGGGCGAAGAUUUCGCAAACAUUGAGCCAAGCUCCGGCCUCAGUUCAAAAACUGCCCACUCCGCCACCAGAAGAGCACCCAUCUGCAAAAGAGACUAAUGAUCAACCAAAGGCUGUUGAAACCGAUGCCGUUUUAUUAACUACUGACGAAUCCCAGAAAACUAUUCGUUCCGAUAUAUCUGAACAGCCGAAAGAAACAAAAGAUGAUUCUGGUAUAGAGAAAACUCCUGCUGAAUCGCCUGCAGCAGUAGAAGCUUCUAUUCCGGUAGAUAGGCCUGUUACUUCAGGUAUAACAGCUGCAUCAGAAAGUACUGUGUCUUUAGAAGCAACAAAACAAGCACCUGCAGAAGCAGCGCCACUGAAUAUUGCGGCUCCAAUCACCGAGUCUAGCUCUUCAGGUGCGCCUGCUGAAGUUAAAACCGCUUCCAUAGAUGUUAAAGCUGGAGCUCCCAUUUCUAAAGAAACUUCUACCGUUCCUGAAGAUUCACAAGUGGAAAUACCAGUGCCAGUCGUAGAGGCUGUUCUUGCGGAAGCAGUCGCAUCCACUGAUUCUGCUAAUCCAACAAGUGAAAUACCUAAGCCAGUGAUAGAAGCAUUCAGUGACGUUGAAAGUCUUAAAGAAACUAAGUCCGAGACUACACCCGUUGUACCUGCAUCGGAGAAGACCGUGGAGCCCCCAAAAGAGAAAUCUGACAAGAGCGUUAAACCACCAGAACCUGAAGUGCUUAAACAAGAUCCUAAAUCUGUACUUGCUGAAUCUGUUCAGGUUGUUUCUUCUGCAGCAGAUCCGAAAUUACCCGCUGUAGCCGCUCAAGCUCCACCAAGUCCAGCAGUUGCAGAGUCAACUAAAACUGACGACGAACCGUCUCAGCCAGAAGAUAUACCUAGCCUGCUGCUAAAUCUACCGAGGAGGCAGCGCAAGAGACGCGGCUUUGAUAGAAAAGCGGAGGAGCGCCGCAGACCAGUGGGGAAGCUGCACCUCAGCCCCCCCGUCACCGCCGACCCCCUCCCCACCCCCGAUAGCGAGCUAGAAGACGCGGCCACACUCGCGCAGUCCAUUAUAGCCAGCGAACUGCGCACGCCCACUGUAAAAUCACCAUCGCCUCAAACCCCAGCCUCACCUGCGCAACCUAAACAAGAGAAACGGCUCUCCGUCGAAGAACCCAAAGUGCAGACACCGCCUAUAGGCUCAGUGUCGCUGUCCCAGAUCGGGGUCAAAUCUGCAAAAGAGAAAUCAACUAUUGCGGCCCAAAUAGAAUCUUCUAUUUCGGAUAAGCCGAUGCCGGCGUCCCCGACGACGACUGAUCCUAAGGCGUCGGUCGAAGCGCCCAAGAAGAAAGUCGUGAAAAAGGUGCUCAAGAAGGACAGCGCUACGAGCGGCGAUGCGCCCGUUCCGCCGCCGCGCAAGAAGGAAAAGAAGCCCAAAGAAUAA